AUGAAGACGGAGGAGCAAAAUCAAGGAGGCCCCAGAAGCAUGGAGGGAUCAGAGAGGGCCAGGAGAAGCCCUCAGGUCAGCCAGAGAGGCUGCAUCAGGGAGUUCUUGCAAAGGAUGCCCCCACAACAGAUCAAAGAGGAAGCCGGGGAAGGUCUCCUUCAGCGCUGGGAAGUCCAGUGGCAGGAGUUCCUGAAGACCAUGGAAUCCUCUCACGCAGGCUGGGGGGUCCCGCAGUUGCUGGAGGAACCUGCACCCUGGGACGACACCAAGGCCUUCCUGGCCUCCUUUGAGCAAGUGGCCGAAGCCUGCCAGUGGCCCAAGGAAGAGUGGGCAGCCCGUCUCCUGCCGGCCCUCAGUGGGGAAGCCAAGCAGGCGUAUAGCAGGCUGGACCCACAGGACAGAGAGGAUUAUGGGAAAGUGAAGGCGGCCAUCUUGCGCGGGGAUGCCAUGAGCAGAGAGAAGAGCCGCCAGCACUUCCGGCAUUUCUGCUACCAGGAGGCCGAGGGGCCGAGAGGGACGUACAGCCGGCUCCAGGAGCUCUGCUGUCGGUGGCUGAAGGUCGAUAGGCACUCCAAGGAGCAGAUCUUGGAGUUUUUGAUCCUGGAGCAAUUCCUGACCAUCCUGCCGCCAGAGGUCCAGGACUGGGUGAGGGAACGAGGGCCAGAGACCUGCUCCCAGGCGGUGGCCCUGGCCGAGGACUUCUUAUUGAGGCAGCGUGAGGCUGAGCAGCAGCAACUGCAGGUAACAUCGCCGUUUCAGGAGGUGGUUCUGAGCUUCGAGCCAGAACCAGUGUCGUCCGGCCAUGCCCACCGGCAACUGCAUGGGGAGGCAAAGGUGGAGCCCAAGAGUGGAGAUGCCUCCAUGCUGGGCAGUAAAGAAUGGAUGAGCCUUGAGGGAGAGGAAGGGUAUGCAGCAGAAGAGUUGGAGCGAUUGCAACCGCACAGGACAUCAGCAUGGAGAGGAGGGGAGGACGUCACCCAGUUCUGCCAGCUGGAAAACACACCCAGGACUCAGCAGGAAACCCACCCCAUGCAGGAAGUCGAUCCGUCUGGUCCGUUUGGAGGAUCUUUCCAGACUCUUGAGGAAGAUGCAUUCCAGCGAAGAGUCCACACUGAUGUUUGGCAAGCAAGUGAGAAUGGUGGGAGAAUCAGUAUCCAGGAAAUCUUGGACCAAGCGGAAUCACAAAGGGCAUCUCCAGGAGGAGCAAAAGAAAACUUUUCCCGGGGCCAGCAACCGGCUGAAUCCUCUGAGAUUCUUCAUAGGGCAAAGACGCCUCAAGAAAACCAGCUAAGGAACCUCACAGGUAAAUCUGUGUUUUGUGGGGUGCGCAAGGAAAUCCUUGAUGACACCUCGCUAAUGCCUAAACCCAAGACUUUCCCUGUGAGUGAAACAGCUUUAAAACAAAGCUCAGACGGGGAGACGCCAUACCAGUGUACUGAGUGUGGCAAAUGCUUCGGGCGCAGGAAACACCUGAUCGUGCACCGAAAGACCCACAUUGGGAACACCCUCUAUGACUGUUCGGCGUGCGAGAAGAGGUUUGCUUGGAUAUCGGAUCUCACCCGCCAUCAGAGAAUCCACACCGGGGAGAAGCCCUAUGCUUGCCUGCUGUGCAGCAGACAGUUCAGCUCCCACUCCAGCCUUAUUAAUCAUAGGAAAACCCAUGGAGGGGAAAGGCCCUUCCAAUGCCCAGACUGUGGAAAGCGGUUUGUCUGCAAAUCGCACCUCACGAGACAUCAACGAGUCCACCUUGGCAGGAAAUCGUACGCUUGUUCCGAAUGCGGCAAAAGCUUCUGUCAGCUCUCGCUUCUUAUCCUCCACAAAAGCACGCAUGCCAAAGAGAAACUCCUUUCGCAGCCCCUGGAGACACUGGACUUUCCGCCUGAAUCUCUGUGA